AUGGUAGCUAAGGACAGCCAUGGAGAGGAGUACUGCCGUUAUGACCGGGAGAGAGCACAGGAACGAUUGUCAAAACUGUCUGGUGGUGUUGCUGUUUUCAAGGUUGGGGGUGCCAGUGCGGCAGAAGUUAGAGAAAGGAAAGAUAGGUUAAUGAAUGCAUUGACUGCUAAUAGAGCAGCAGUGGAAGAGGGUAUUGUGCCUGGUGAUGGCGUUGCCUUUUUGUAUUGCACAAAAGCUCUAGAAAACCUGCAAGCUAAAAAUCAAGAUGGAAAAGAAGGCAUUCAAAUAAUCCAGAAUGCUCUCAAGGUUCGGGAUAUGUCAGCCUGCAGUUCUUUAAGGUUAUACCAGGGUUUCUUCUCAGUUGAUGCUAUGGAUAUUGAUUUGAAGAUUCAAGAUACUUAUCUCUCUUAA